AUGCAUGGAUUUGAUGAAGUUUUCAUGUUCGACAAAAGAUACUACAAUGUUCUGGAGGUGAACAAGACAAGCUACGAGAACUGCAUAGACAGGGACUUCAUAAGAAACCUGACACGAGGUGGUCGUGACGUGGUGCAGAUGACGGAGGCAAGGACCUACUACUACCUCUCCGCUGGAGGGUACUGUUUCCAUGGCAUGAAAGUUGCUGUGCAUGUUCAAGAACAUCCUGCAAUGGCACCAGCCCCAUCAUCAUCAUCAUCAUCAUUCCUCAUUGUCUCUGCUUCUCUUUUGCCCUCAGUGAUGAGUUCCUGCAUUUGGGUCAUUGUUGUGGCCAAUUUUCUUUAUCACGUCAACUUGGUUUUCAUGGAUGGUUUCUAG